UGUUAUACUUACUCUGCUGCACUCGGGUGCAAGUCAAGUAACGCGGCCGGUAUCAUAAGUAUUAAGUAUUAACCGUGCAACCGAAAAACCCAUUUACCAGACCCCAGUACUCCUCAACGCAGCGCCUCCAUCUCUUGCCUCUGCAGCCACCUUCUAGCGCCGGUAACGGUUGCUAGGGUUUUCCCCUCUUCUUUCAUUCUUCCCAUAUCAGCAGAAAAAAAGCUUUUUUAGGGUUUUUGAUUCGCUGCAUAUUUUUUCGAUGGCGAAAGCUAAUGCUGGAACAGUGAACCCGCAUGGCCGGAGCGGGGUUCGGAUUGUCGUCGCCGGGGACCAGGGCACUGGAAAAUCGAGCCUGAUUAUCACCGCCGCGGCCGAGAACUUUCCGGUGAAUGUGCCGCGCGUGUUGCCUCCUACGAAGUUGCCCGAAGAUCUGUAUCCGGAUCGCGUGCCCAUAACAAUCAUCGACACCUCUUCCCGUGCAGAGGAUAGUGAUAAAGUUGCUGAAGAAUUGCAGCGGGCUGACACAGUUGUCCUCACUUAUGCAUGUGAUCGGCCUGAGACACUAGAGAAUUUGAGUAUAUUUUGGCUACCCCACCUCCGCAAAUUAGAGGUAAAGGUUCCAGUUAUAGUGGUUGGUUGUAAGCUUGAUUUGAGAGAUGAAAGUCAACAGGUGAGCCUAGAACAGGUGAUGUCACCAAUAAUGCAACAGUUCCGAGAGAUUGAAACCUGCAUUGAGUUCGUUUUCUACUAUGCACAAAAGGCUGUUCUUCAUCCAACAGCCCCAUUAUUUGAUCAGGAGUCACAGACUCUAAAACCUCGAUGUGUGCGAGCGUUGAAGAGAAUCUUUAUUCUCUGUGAUCAUGACAGAGAUGGUGCCCUUAGUGAUGCCGAGUUGAAUGAUUUUCAGGUCAAAUGUUUCAAUGCUCCUUUGCAACCGUCUGAAAUUGGGGGUGUAAAGAAGGUUGUACAAGAAAAGUUGUCUGAAGGCGUGAAUGAACGUGGACUUACAUUGACAGGAUUCCUAUUCCUUCACGCUCUCUUCAUAGAAAAAGGGCGUCUUGAGACAACGUGGACAGUGCUUAGGAAGUUUGGAUAUAAUGAUGAUAUCAAACUUGCUGAUGAUCUAAUUCCCCCUUUGAAAAGGGCUCCUGAUCAGAGCGUGGAGCUGACAAAUGAAGCAAUUGAAUUUUUGAAGUCGAUCUUUGAUGCAUUUGAUGGUGAUGGUGAUGGGAUGUUGCGAUCUCGUGAGCUUGAAGAAUUAUUCUCAACUGCCCCAGAAAGUCCUUGGACUGGAGCUCCGUAUGAGGAUGCUGCGGAGAAAAAUGCUUUUGGAGGACUAUCACUUGAUGCAUUUUUAUCAGAGUGGGCACUUAUGACACUUCUGAACCCAACUUUUAGUGUGGAAAAUUUGAUAUAUAUUGGUUAUACUGGUGAUCCGUCAUCUGCAAUCCGUGUGACAAGGAGGAGGCGUUUAGAUCGCAAGAAGCAACACUCGGAAAGAAAUGUUUUGCAGUGCUUUGUUUUUGGGCCUAGAAAGGCUGGAAAGUCUGCAUUACUGAACUCUUUUAUUUCAAGGCCUUAUGCCGAAAAUUACAGUCCAACCACUGAGGAUAGAUAUGCAGUAAAUGUUGUUGAUAUUUCUAUGGAAAACAAAAAAUAUCUUGUACUGAGAGAGAUUCCGGAAGAUGGAGUUGGAAAGCUUCUGUCCAAUAAAGAGUCUCUAGCCUCAUGUGAUAUAGCAGUUUUUGUUCAUGACAGGUCUGAUGAGUCCUCAUGGAGGACCUCUUCUGAACUCCUUGUUGAAAUUGCUGGUCAUGGAGAAGAUACUGGCUAUGAGGUGCCUUGCCUUAUAGUUGCAGCUAAAGAUGAUUUGGAUUCAUUUCCAAUGGCUAUACAAGAGUCUACUAGGGUUAGUCAGGAUAUGGGAGUAGAGGCUCCUAUUCCAAUCAGUGUGAAGUUAGGCGAUUUCAACAGUUUGUUCCGCCGAAUUGUAACUGCAGCAGAGCAACCUCAUUUAAGCAUUCCAGAAACUGAAGCUGGGAAAAGCCGCAAGCAAUACCAGAGGCUCGUAAAUCGCUCUCUUAUGGUUGUUUCAGUUGGAGCAGCAGUGGUGAUUGUUGGGUUAGCAGCUUAUCGGGUAUAUUCCGCAAGGAAGGUUUCGUCUGGUUAAAAAUGCCAAAGCUUGUGCCAAUAUAUUGCUUUGAUCACCAAAUGCAGCUUGUGUGAUGGUAGCUUUGGCACCUUCCAAUAUUAUGUUGCCUUUUUUAUGGCAUCUGUUGUAGAGUUUGCAAAUCCUCUUUUAAAAAAUCAUAACUUUUUCAAUUUUUCUUUGUUUUACGGUUGAAUUAAGUUAGCAUGAAUGUUAUAUUCAGAUUUAUCUCCAUACAUAUAUUCUUCCUUUUGCUAGUUAGGGCUUCUUAGUUCGUACAAUAAUAUAUACAAUCACUCCAGUUGAUCGCUGGAAACAUCAGAGGAUCCUCUCUGUAUUUUAGAUCGUAAUUAAGAUAAGAUCAUUCUACA